AUGAGCCUCCUGCGGAUGGUGGAGGAGAGGCUGCCGCCAGGAUUCCGGUUCCACCCCAGAGAUGAGGAGCUCGUCAGCGACUACCUCGCCGCCAAGGCUACCGACGGCGGCGGCGGGAGCUUUCCGAUGAUGGUUGACGUUGACCUCAACAAGUGCGAGCCGUGGGAUCUCCCCGGUGAGUCGUCCUUCCGCUCUCCUCUCUCCAAAAACCAUAUCGUUCAUUCCCAUCUCCGACGUACGCCGUAAAUGGAAAGAUCGAGCGCCUCCCCUCCCCCCCUUCUAUCAACAAAAGUCAACAACGAACGAACAGGAAGAGAGAGGAGGAAAAAAGCGAUUGAGCGGGAUCGACUGGCGUCGCCCGGACUUGAACCGGAGACCUUCAGUGUGUUAGACUGACGUGAUAACCAACUACACCACGACACCUGCGUAUUCAUUCUUUCUUUGUCUUCUUAUUUAUCAUCAGAUUCGGCGAGAAUAGGAAGCAACGAAUGGUACUUCUACAGCCAGAGGGAUCGGAAGUACGCGACUGGGCAGCGGACGAACAGGGCGACGGCGGCGGGGUACUGGAAGGCCACCGGCAAGGACCGCUCCGUCGUUGACCUCCGCUGCGGGGGUCUCGUGGGGAUGAGGAAAACCCUCGUCUUCUACCAGGGAAGGGCCCCCAGGGGCACCAAGACCCACUGGGUCAUGCACGAGUUCCGUCUCGAACCGCCGGUCUCCUCCGCUGCCUCCUCAAAGGUCAGAACUUCCCUUCACAACUCUACACAGUUUCUCUCUCUCUCUCUCUCUCUCUAGUUUUUCUCCUCCCCCCCCCCACCCAACCUACCAUAUAUGUUUAUCGUACUCUCUCUCUUUCUCUCUCUCUCGCUAAGUAUAUAUAUAUAUAUCUAUAUUUGGCAUGAAAAAAUGGCCGACAUAGGCCAGCCUAAUUCCUUUCUUACUUUGGUUCAUGCUUCCAUGGUCCCUUCCUUGAAGCUUGGAUAUCCUUUCCAUUGUUGCAUGAUUAUCACUCCCGGGAUAACCCUUCUCUCUCUCACUCUCUCUGUACUCUCUCCGUUCUCAGCCAAGCAUACUCGGGUUAAGCUUCUUCUUCAUCCUUCUAGAACGUCUAUAGAGAUAGAUAGAUAUAUAGAUAAGUAUAAUACAUAUGUAGAGAGGAGAGAGAGAGAGAGAGAGAGAGAGAGAAAGAGGUGUUAAUAAAGAUGUGUGGUGCCCUUGACUUUAUCGCUCGGUCGCCGUUAAUAAAAUCUGACCUGAAAGUCUGAAACCCGUUUAUACGAUUACCACCUUGUUAAUCAAUCUCUCUCUCUCAUUAUACGGGCGACCAGUCAUUGUCCAUGCGAUCUGACCCAGUCCAACUAACCAGAUGGCGGCGGGAUGGGGUAAAUAACCAGAUGACUCUUACGACCGUCGAUCCCAACCUUUCUCGAGAUCAGAAUUGACAGUAGCUUUUGUGGCUAUAGGAUCUGAUUUGCUGAUCUUAUCUCCAUGCAAGGUAUAUGCCGUAAAUAUCUGGAAGUUGGACUCUCUCUAGAGAAAGUUUGACCUGAAAAUUUUGAAAUUUUGGUGACAACGUUUAUUUACUAGAUACUUUGUGUUCAAAUACGUAUUAUGGGCACUCCAAGCAUCCGCCAUCUCUAUGCGCGACGGCGUCUCUGUGGCCCUCUUUCUCUCUCCUCUCUCCCCCUCUCCCAGGAGUCAUUUGUCUUGUCUAGGGUUGCUACGCCGCAAGCGCGCCCCUGAGUUUCAGUCUGACCCUCCCUCUUUCUCUCCCUAGGAGGACUGGGUCCUCUGUAGAGUUCUCUACAAGAGCAGGGGCCCUCCCUCCAAGCCCAGCACCUCGGAGGCCUGUUACGAUGACACCGGAUCCUCUCCUCUCCCUCCUCUCAUGGACGCCUUCACCAGCUUGGAUCCGGAGGGCUAUGGGCAUAUGGCUUUCUUCCCCUCUCAGCACCACCAGCGGCAGCAGAACUCGCCGGCGGUGUCGCACAUCUCAGUGGCGGCGGCCGUGCUGGAGCAGCUCGCCAAGCUAGACGGCGGCGUGAAGGCGGAGCUCUUCCAGAAUCCCACCGAGGGAAGCUCCGAGAGCUACCUGACCGAGAGCGGUAAUCAAUGUAUCUGGGACCACCAUCCCUUCUGA